AUGCAGCCUAGCGACAUCGACAAGAAGGUAGACGAGUUGGUAAAGGCGGAGGAUAUCGCAACAGUAACCGACCUAGAUGAAGCAGAGGUGUUUCUUCGGGAGCAUGACAUCAGUCAUGAGUACACUCUCUCGCUUUUGAGCGACAAGGCCACGAUCAGACGACUCGUGCGGAGGGUUGACCUGGUCAUACUUCCACUCCUGGCGGGCACCUACUGUCUGCAGUAUAUCGAUAAACAGGCCCUUUCCUACGCCGCAGUCUUCGACCUGUUUACCAGCACGGGGAUCGACCAGGACCAGUACAGCUGGUUUGCCUCCAUGUUUUAUCUGGCCUACUUGGUUGCCGAAUACCCCUGGAGCUACGUCGCGCAGAGGACUCGUAUGGCCAAGGUCGUAUCUGGGUGCGUGAUCGCAUGGGGUAGCAUUUUAAUGGUGACCGCAGCGUGUCACAACUUUGCUGGUCUUGCAACCUGCCGGUUCAUGCUUGGCGUUUUCGAGGCACCGAUCACACCUUGCUUUAUGAUGAUUGUCAGCAUGUGGUACACCCGCGAGCAGCAGCCAUUCCGGGCCGGGAUUUUUUACAGCUGUAAUGGAGUCGGUUCCAUGAUCGGGGGCAUCUUGACAUAUGCUAUCGGACAGAUCCAUUCAUUCCCGGUUUGGAAGGCAAUAUUCUUGAUAUGCGGGGGCCUCACUGUUCUAUGGGGUACAUUACUGGCCUUCUUCCUGCCUGAUGACAUCGUUUCCGCGAAGCGUUUUACAGUGGAUGAAAAGGCUGCCCUGAUUGCUCGCGGGAAGUUAGCCAAGACUGGGAUCCUGAACCACAAGGUCAGGUGGUACCAAGUGAAGGAAGCGCUGGGAGAUCCUCAGGUGUGGCUUCUCACUCUUUUCACCCUACUGAACGAAGUGGUGAACGGUGGGAUUGCCAACUUUGGCAAACUCAUCAUCAAGGGACUCGUGCAGGACUCUCUGCGCACAACGGCUCUGGGUAUUCCGCAAGGUGCUUUCCAGGUUCUGUUCAUUCUUACUGGCACUUACCUUGCAUCAAGGUUCCGAAACAUGCGCACCAUUUUUAUGGCGAUAUACCUGGUGCCUACAAUCAUCGGAACCUCUCUUAUGUGGAAAAUUGAUCGGAGCACUCACAAAAUAGGUGUCCUGUUUGGCUACUAUAUCUGCGGAUCUUUUGUUUCGUCUUUGGUGUUGGCGAUGCAAAUGCCGGGUGCAAAUCUGGGUGGCUAUACGAAGCGAGUUACGGGGACAGCUGUGGUCUUCAUGGCCUACUGUGUCGGCAACAUUAUUGGUCCUCAUGCAUUCCUAGACAAGGAGGCACCGACGUACCCAACAGGUUGCAAGUUGAUUAUUGCAUGCUCGGCAGCACAGAUCGCUGUGGCUGUAGCCCUACGGGUUCUUCUGCUACGUCGGAACAAGAUGAGGGACCACGCAUCACCUGCGUCUGAAGCUGAGGAAGCGGAGAAUGUCAGUGCUGACCUUACAGACUUUGAGAACCCACAUUUUCGUUACGUUUUAUAA